CGGUAAGGGACCGCAAUACCUCAGCAGACCGUAACACACCGUAAUACAGAGGCACUCACCGACAGUUGAAUAUAUAAACACGGCUUUCCUACUUUGCUGGGUUCUCUUUUCUCCUUUGCUCCCAUAUCCUCCUCAUUUACUAUAACGAAUACCACACUGGUUCACAAGGGAAAGCUCAUUUUACACCAUCAACAACUACAUAACAGUCUUGUUACAUACCUGAGCUAUCAUAUCGCUACAAUAAUUGCUUAUAUCAUACCCUCAAGAUGACUUCAGAAGAUCAACAGACAUUUGGCAUUGAACUGGAGUUCAUAGUCUUUUACACCACGCUAGACCAUCCCUCAUCUGCCGGUAACAGUGAGCGAUAUGGUCCGAUACUCGAGGCGCCGUUUCUGUCCAGCUUGGGGUGGUGGUACUUGGUCAACGGACUACGACAGCUUCUGGUGUUGUCAGGGAACAGGCGUCGAGACCAACACCAAACUAAUGGACUCAAUCUACGCUUAUGAUUCAUCGUCUGUCUACGUAAAUCUAUUCACGCCGUCGAAACUGAAUUGGUCACAACGUGGCGUAACCAUCACUCAGACUACGACGUUCCCCGUUGGGGACACGACAACAUUGACAGUUGGCGGCUCAGGCAACUGGGCAAUGAACAUACGAAUCCCAUCAUGGACUUCCAAUGCCACAAUUUCCAUAAACGACCAACAGCAGUCCGUUGCCACUACACCAGGAUCUUAUGCUACUAUCUCACGUACUUGGAAAUCCGGGGACACCGUUACAGUGAAGCUACCCAUGCACCUCAGACUGGUCAUAGCCAACGAUGACAAAUCUGUAGCUGCCGUCGCGUAUGGUCCGACAGUGUUGGCAGGUAACUAUGGCAGCAGCUCUCCAAACGGCACUCCGACAUUGACGUUGAGCUCCUUGAAACGUAAGAGCACCUCCAGCCUGGACUUCACUGCCACGGCCAACGGCGCAGCAGUGACCCUCAGUCCAUUCUACGACGCUCAAGGGUACAACUAUGUCGUGUACUGGUCUGUCUCUGGCUCUCUUCCAAUUAGCAAGGAGGCGUUAAUUUAUUCUGGUGUCUCUUAAGUUGCUCGUUCGGGAUAUUGUCUUUGGCUUUGUGAGUGCCCCCUACACCCAAGGAUCGGUAUUCAGGUAUGAUAUCAGCAUCACUUUUAUCGUGCAGAUUCUCUUCCCCAGCUAUCAUCUCUUCAUUUUAUACUUCUUCUCUUUUCUUUUUGGCUUCUCUUCAUAAGAUCACACAUGAUCCAGCUACGAAUCAGAGCGGCGUACUUUCCGUUCUGAGCUAUCUCUUGGCAGGCCGGUCGUCCGACUGUAUCUUCAAAACGUCAUUAGCCUAAAUGAGAAUCACGAGGUCCUUUAUAUCUAUGGAUCUUUCCAGAUACUACCACAAUGCAUGUUGAUUAAAGAUGCAUUGCCCGCCAUGCGCUCGGUACCGUGAUAAGGAAGGUCUAGAUUACUUAGUCCUAGUAUCUUCUUUCAGCUACCUGGAUCGCGGGAAGCUCAAGCUUAAAUAGCUUACCAUUCUACGAUAUCAACCAGAUAUUGAUCAGGAUAGCACUAUAUUCUAUUUUUAACCCUUUAGCGGAACAUUGCCGAUUUG